AUGGCCCCACUGCUUCUGCCCCUACUGAUGAUCCUGGCCCUAACCCAGGUCCCUGCAGCCUUAGUUGGUGUCCUGGAAGGGGACAGCUCAGAGGACCGAGCCUUCCGAGUGCGCUCGGCAGGCCCCGAGCCCCUGCGCGGUGUGCUGGGCGGCGCCCUCACCAUCCCGUGCCACGUCCACUACCUGCGGCCGCCAUCCAGCCGCCGGGCCGCGCCGGGCUCUCCGCGGGUCAAGUGGACCUUCCUGUCCGGGGGCCGGGAGGCGGAGGUGCUGGUGGCGCGGGGCCUGCGCGUCAAGGUGAACGAGGCCUACCGGUUCCGUGUGGCGCUGCCGGCCUACCCCGCGUCGCUCACGGACGUCUCCCUGGUGCUGAGUGAGCUGCGGCCCAACGACUCGGGCAUCUACCGCUGCGAGGUGCAGCACGGCAUCGACGACAGCAGCGAUGCUGUGGAGGUCAAGGUCAAAGGGGUCGUCUUUCUCUACCGGGAGGGCUCUGCCCGCUAUGCAUUCUCCUUUGCUGGGGCCCAGGAAGCCUGUACUCGAAUCGGAGCUCGCAUCGCCACACCUGAGCAGCUGUACGCUGCCUACCUUGGAGGCUAUGAGCAGUGUGAUGCUGGCUGGCUGUCCGACCAGACUGUGAGAUAUCCCAUCCAGACCCCACGAGAGGCCUGUUAUGGUGACAUGGAUGGCUACCCUGGAGUCCGGAACUAUGGAGUGGUGGACCCCGAUGACCUCUAUGAUGUCUACUGUUAUGCAGAAGACCUAAAUGGAGAACUGUUCCUAGGUGCCCCUCCAGACAAGCUAACGUUGGAAGAGGCACGGGCCUACUGCCGGGAGCGGGGAGCAGAGAUUGCCACUACAGGCCAGCUGUAUGCAGCCUGGGAUGAUGGCCUGGAUCGCUGCAGCCCGGGCUGGCUGGCUGAUGGCAGUGUGCGCUACCCCAUCGUCACACCCAGCCAGCGCUGUGGUGGGGGCCUGCCUGGUGUCAAGACCCUCUUCCUCUUUCCUAACCAGACGGGCUUCCCCAACAAGCACAGCCGCUUCAACGUCUACUGCUUCAGAGACUCUGCUCACCCCUCUACCAUGCCUGAGACCUCCAACCCAGCCUCUGAUGGUCUAGAGGCCAUUGUCACAGUGACAGAGACCCUGGAGGAAUUGCAGCUGCCUCAGGAAACCAUGGAGAGUGAGUCCCGUGGGGCCAUCUACUCCAUUCCCAUCAUGGAGGAUGGAGGAGGUGGGAGCUCCACCCCAGAAGACCCAGCGGAGGCCCCAAAGACCCUCCUAGAAUUUGAAACCCAAUCCAUUGUGCCACCCACGGGGUCUUCAGAAGAGGAAAGCAAAGUAUUAGAGGAAGAAGAGAGCUAUAAGGAUGAAGAAGAGAUAGAGGAAGAGGACAAAGAGGUGGAGGAUGAGGACUUGUGGGCAUGGCCCAGUGAGCUCAGCAGACCUCUCCCCACUGACAUGGACAUGGAGGAGUCGCUCUCCCAGGCAUCCCCACCGGCAAGGGCUGUCCUGCAGCCUGGUGCAUCACCACCUCCUAGUGGAGAACCAAAAACUGCCAGGCCUCCAAGGGUCCAUGGACCACUUACUGAGACUCUGCCUACUCCAAAGGCGGGGAGCUUAGCAUCCCCACCACCUUCCACUCCAGUUGGGGCAAGAGAGCUGGGAGAGGAAGCUGGGGGCCCUGAUCUAUCUGGGGUCCUUCGAGGAGAGAGUGAGGAGACAGGGAGCUCGGAGGAUACCCCUUCCCUGCUUCCAGCUACAAGGGCCCCUGAGGGUACCAGAGAAUUGGAGGUCCCCUUGGAAGAGAAUUCCGGAAGAACUGUCCCAGCAGGGACCUCAGUGCUGGCCCAGCCAGUGCUGCCCACUGACAGCGCCAGCCGAGGCGGAGUGGCUGUGGCCCCCUCAUCAGGUGACUGUGUCCCCAACCCCUGCCACAAUGGUGGCACAUGCUUGGAGGAGGAGGAGGAGGAGGGGGUCCGCUGCCUAUGUUUGCCUGGCUAUGGGGGGGACCUGUGCGAUGUUGGCCUCCACUUCUGCAGCCCCGGCUGGGAUGCCUUUCAGGGCUCCUGCUACAAGCACUUUUCUACACGAAGGAGCUGGGAGGAGGCCGAGACUCAGUGCCGGAUGUACGGCGCGCACCUGGCCAGCAUCAGCACACCGGAGGAACAGAACUUCAUCAACAAUCAAUACCGGGAGUACCAGUGGAUUGGGCUCAAUGACAGGACCAUCGAGGGAGACUUCCUGUGGUCAGAUGGUGUCCCGCUGCUCUAUGAGAACUGGAAUCCUGGGCAGCCUGACAGCUACUUCCUGUCUGGAGAGAACUGCGUGGUCAUGGUGUGGCAUGACCAAGGACAAUGGAGUGACGUGCCUUGCAACUACCACCUAUCCUACACCUGCAAGAUGGGGCUGGUAUCCUGUGGGCCUCCACCAGAGCUGCCCCUGGCUCAAGUGUUUGGCCGCCCGAGGCUACGCUACGAGGUGGACACUGUGCUUCGAUAUCGGUGCCGGGAAGGACUAGCUCAGCGCAAUUUUCCACUGAUCCGCUGCCAGGAGAAUGGACUUUGGGAGCCCCCUCAAAUCUCCUGUGUGCCCCGAAGGCCUGCUCGAGCUGUGCACCCAGUGAAGAAACCAGGAGGAUAUCAGUGGAGGCAACUGGGACACCAAAAGACACUGCUGCCACCUCCUUCUGGUCCCUAAGGGCAAGGUCUCCAACUCUGAUAUUCCCAGUACCGCCCUCUCCCUUCAACUGUCCCU